UUCAAUUCAAUAAAAAUGUGUUCUGAUUUAUUUAUGUGAUGAAAAACAGUUAUUUGAUCUUAUUAUGAUUUUUUUUAUUGGGUGGCCGAGCAGUUAACUUCAUAUAGGCGCCAACGGACCAAUAUGAACAAAUGAUUGAUAGAAAAACGGUGUCUAGAUUUUGAUCGGAAGAAAUUUUCAGUUUUUGCAUUGUGUUUAAUUUAUGCACCCAAGGAAUUUUUUUUAGUUUCCCACAGAUGAAUUGACUUAUGGCAACAAAACGUUUUAAUCCGUUUUUCGUAUCCCAAAGCGGGUUCUAUUUCUGAUUCAGGCAAAAAAGGUAUCACUUUGUUCCGUUUUAAUUUAUUUUGAACUUCGAUCUUAGCAGGCUUCCAAUUGCCAUAUCUUCAAUCCGUAAGUUGAAUCGUUUGAAGAAGGCAGCAUUGGAGGGGCUAAUUUUUCUCCAGUAUACCUUACAGUUUGCGACAACGAAAGUGCGUGUCUUUGAGUGCACGCUGAAUUAAACUCUUUGACAAAUUCUCAACUGCUCUUAUUGAAAAAAAAAGCUUCAAAAGCGUUCAACAUUCAAAUUCUUUUGCUUCUAAUGGAUGUUUGUUGGGAAAAAACUCUUUUAACCAUCCUCAUUCUCUUUUUUUAUCACACACCCUUGUGCUUGUAAUGUUUUUGCUUUAUUGAUGCAGUAACCAUGACAAUAGCUACACAUACGAGCUUUUUUUCACUUUUACUUUUGAUGCAUUUAUCCGGUCAGACUACUGAGACGAACUAUACAGAUUUAUCGAGUUUUGAGGGCGUCUCGCACGAAGUCCGUCUAAGGCUCAAACUCGCAACAGACUACGACGCCUCCGCUCGCCCUGUUAUAUUUCCAAGCACGCUAUUAAACGUGUCUUACAAAGCCACGAUGUACCAACUAGUUGGCUUCAACACCAAAGACCAGACUAUCAAAAUGCUCAUGUUCCAGCGUAUGGAAUGGAUUGACGAACUUCUUCACUGGGAUCCGGCGGACUACGGAGGCCUCAAAUGGAUCCGGUACUAUCGGAACUCGGUUUGGACUCCUGACAUCCUGGCGUACAACGAUGUGGGAACUUUCGACAUGGAAAAAUACGAUAGGUCCAUCCCAUGUACAGUGUACCAUUAUGGACUUGUGGUUUGGACUCGGCCUGUAGAUUACGAAACGAUGUGCGCUCUAGAUGUGACUAACUUUCCCUUCGACACCCAGAGUUGCGAGAUUGUGAUUGGCUCUUGGCAGUAUUUUGAAAAUGAGGUCAACAUCACAUGCAUGCCGAUUGACCUCUCGUCAUACAUGGAGGACAGUCUGUGGACUCUAAAAGAGACAGAAUGUACAAGAUACUCGGUGGACGCUAUAAGGGGUUCCAACACCUUCGGCAGAAUAUCAAUACGUGUCGUCUUCAAGCGAAUGUCUUCUUUCUACGUCCUAAAUCUCAUCCUCCCGAACGCCAUACUUAUGGCUAUGAGUUCAUUGACCUUCUUCAUUCCGGGCAAAAACGGAGAAAAGGUCACUUUUGGGGUCACGGUUACUCUGGCUCUGUGUGUCAAUUUGUCACUUGUGACUCAGUAUGUACCGCAGACGUCCAAGACUUUUCCGAGAAUCUGCACAUAUAUUUUUUCGAGCAUUGUCCUUUCGUGUGCUGCAAUCAUAAUGGCAACACUUUCCAUCAACAUUUCUGAAGAUGAAAAAUCUGAUGACAAUGUCUAUCAGCUGAACCAUACCAACAAGGUUUCAAUCGCGACAACUAUCUUGUCGGCAACAGAAAACGGAGUCGGGGAUGGAGACAGCUCGGUCGUUUUGGCGGAUUCGCGUGAACAAACAAGAAGAAUUGACAAUUUGAAACAAGAACUGCGCAGAUUUUUCUGCCACCCAAAAUGCGACGUCGUCAUGGGAGUUGUUGGCUUCGUGGGGACAACAUUGUACUCAAUUUUAUUUAUCCUUACGAUGCUUGAUUGAGAUAUGAUUCGUUAAGCACGGCAGUAUGUACUUGAAGUUAAUGCAAAUGUGAUGCGCAUCAAAGUUAUGGUAAACACACUUAAUUUGAAAAAAAAAACAGCAGCACAAUAUUUAGGCUAUUUCCAGCUGACUAAAACGACCCUUACUUGGAAGCCAAGAAUGUCUAAUUAUAAUUCAGUCAUAUUUUGUCAUUUCAUUUGUAUCAAUGUAAUGCAGUUAACUGGUCUUUGCCCUUGAUUUAAUCUGUCAUGCAAUCAAUCAGGGCUAAAUUUUCAGUUCAAGUUUUUA